GUUAAAGUAAUUAUUAGAGAAGUGUUUAAAUCAAACGCCCAUUACAGGAAAAGGGAGACUGAAGCACCAUCAGCAUUCAAGAGUCAUUGCAGAAACAGUGAUAUUCAGUCUUUCAGCCCUUUAGAGCUAUAUUUGCUGUUUAAUUUAUAUUAUUUCUCAAAAUAAAAAAUGUAAAAGCAGUGUAAUUAAACUCUUAAUAUUAUACAAAUAUAAAUAUAUAUAUUUUACAUUAGAGCCAGUCCUACAAUAUGGUGAGUUUGUAAAAUAUAUAAACAAAUCUCAUCUUAAUCUUGUAAACUAUGCAGUGAAAAGCAGAACUACUUUUUCAUUAAGUUAGUUAUAAAACAAUUUAAUAGAGUUUACUCUGCCAGUCCGUCUGGUGGCGCCAAACUGUGGUUCCCGCAUACAAAAGAAGAAGAAACGCGCUUCUCCCUUCCCCACGAGUCCUCCAACAUGGCGGCUGCCAGGAGAUUGAAGCGCGUGGCGAUCUCACAGCCAGGUUUUUUAACUUUAAACCCCAAAGUAACCCCUACAGACCUGGUCAGCAGUCGGAGAAAGCGUGUGAACAAGAAUAAGAAGAAGAACUGGAACAAAUACAGUGACGUACAGGACGUAGAGGAGUUUCUAGAAGACGUCAGGCACCAAGAGAGGACCACGGGGGGUCUGCUGUCUGAGAAAUCAGAUGACAGUUUGUUCUUUUUGGAUGUUGGACAGCCGAAGAAAGUUGAAGAGAAAGAAGCUGCAGAACCAGUCAAGGGGAAGAAGAGGAAAGGGAAAUCAUCACGUCCUCUGAGGAUAGACCUGAUCCUUCAGCAUGACUCCCUUGUUGCACCGCCUAAAGAUGUGCUGGCCUUCCAGAAGCCAAAUGCCAAGAAACUUCGUCGCACUGCAGAGAGAGCGGAGAAGCUGGCAGCCAAAGGCGUGGUCCCACGGAGCAAGAAGCGUCUGCUGAACAGAACCGUUGUCGACAGGACGAGCAAAAAGACAGAAACGGAGGCCAACAACAACCCAGAGAGAGAUUUUUAUGACAUUUGGGGACAAGAGACCAAAGAUUUAGGUGAACCCUGGUAUCUUCAACAGACGCGCAAGAAACUUGUCAAGCGUCCAGAGAAGCUGAACGAGAAGCCGUCUGUGCUCCCGGCUGUAGAGGUGAUCGCUCCGGGAGGAUCCUACAACCCAGACUUUUUCUCCCACCAGGAAUUGCUCAGGGAAGCCCAUGAGGUGGAGGUGAAAAAGAAGAAGGUAGAAGACAAAAUAGAGAGACGGCUGGCUUACAACAAAGAAGACACAGCUACAGAGGAGACAAUCCUCCGUGAGCAGGUAGAAGGCUUGGUAGAGGAGAGUGAAGAGGAGGAAGAAAAAGAAGACGCUCCGAAAGAGGAUGGGGAGGAAGUGGCAGUGGGAGCCAUCGCAGUGGCCGACAAGAAGACUGAAAGACAGAGAAAGAGGGAGAAGGCAGAAAAAAUCAAGGAGCAGCAGCGGUUGACAGAGAGGCGACAGACUGAGCAGCAACAGCAGCUCUUCCAGCUUCGCUCCAUAAAGACCUCGAUCAAACAGCAGGAAGAGAAGACCCAGAUCAGACAGAAACGACGCAAGGCCAAGGAGGAGGCCCAGAAAGCUCAGCCCAGGCGACUCGGCAAACUCAAGUUCCAGCCUCAGGAUAUGGAGGUUCAGUUGAGCGACGAGCUAGCCGGCUCCCUGCGACAACUCAAGCCAGAGGGCAGCGUGCUCAUGGACCGCUUCAAGAGUCUGCAGAAGAGAAACCUUAUUGAACCCAGAGAAAGAGCCAAGUUCAAGAGAAGACUCAAGGUGAAGUAUGUGGAGAAGAGGGCUUUCAAGGAGAUUAGUUGAUGCCGACCUACACAUCACGGGACUGAACGCAAGAAGCUGGGAGACUUUUAAACCAGUGCAGAAUAAUGGAACUGUGUAUAUAUGACAAAAUGACUGCUGAGGGCCUGCUGGGCCCUUUCAGACUGAUGUCACCUGCAGCAGUGAUAUAUAAACUCUGACCAAGAGUGCCGGAUAUGAGUUUUAAUUGUUUCCUGUAGUGCAUCUGCCAUGCAGUGUUUCUAUAAUUUCUUUCAGUUAAAUACAGAUUACUGUAUCAUUGUGUGUUUGUGUUACAUAAUGUCAUGCCUAUCAGGGCACGAUCAAAGGGUUUGUAGUAAAUGGCUGAGUCCAGCUGUCAGUGUGUCACUACGUUGCUCAUACAAGAGUACACUAGGUUAAUGAAGGGGUGAGCAGGCGCAUGAAGGGUUAAGCCCUGCAGUGGUAAUGGCAAUAUGUCAGCUCAUUGCUUAAGAUUAUGCCAUCUUCACACACCUAAACAUUUUAGUGUGUUCUGUGCUUGUUUGUUUUAUAUAUUGAUUACACAAGUCCAUAGAGGCUGCUCAAAUGAGAUGGCAUCAUUUAGUCUGUUUUCACAAACAGUUGAUACACACUCUGCUUUAGACGCUAGGAUGCCCACAUUAUAUAACAAUAUGCAGCACACAAAGUUAAGGAUGCACAAUAGAAACAAAGUAUGCCUUUUUAAAAUCCCCAGUUACAUUAGUUGAUUAAGCUGAGCUUAACUGAAGUAGAUUAAUGCAUUUCUUUUUCUUUUUUUUUUUUUAAAUAUUGGGUUUAAAAAACAAACAAGCAGAUGGGCUUGAGGAAGUUGGCAUGCGAUAAUUGAUUCCAUCCCGCUGGCUUAAAACCAUAAUUGCCUUCGGUGUCCCACUGGCGUGAACAAGGACCUGCACGCACACACACACACACACAGACACCCACGCCCCGUCCCCUAAGCCCCAUGGUCCCUGGAGUUGCUCCAAAGCUUCUUAUCUGUUAAUCAGUGUGAAAU